AUGGCUCAAAUUCCAGUUGUGUACGGUGAGUGGAAGUUUAAGGAGAAUUCAUGGCAUUUUGUUGUUGACAUUGGCAAAGGUGGAAGAAUGUGGUUUUUGAACGAUGGUUGCACCUUUGGGCAGCUUACUGAAAUGGCGCGAGAUGAUUAUAACUUGGGCAAGAGGACUGAGAUCAUCGAGUUAACCUACGCACUACCAGUCUCAAUGUUGCAAAAUAUGGCUCCAGAUACACCUCCAAUGCAUGUCACCAAUGAUAGACAAGUUUCAAGCUUGAUUGCGUUAAGCAGAGUACAUUUGUUACACCUUUGUGUGUCCUGUCGAGUGGAGAUGGAUACUGAGGAGAACCAGGAACGAUCAGAUGAAGAGUUUGGUGAAGAUGUUGAGGAAAAUUCAGAACAUUCAACCGAUGAUGAGGCAGACAGUUCUGAUGUGAACGACGAUGGAGAAGAUGUCGACGAUGCAGCUUACUCUGACGGAGAAGAUUACAGUGUCUACGGAAAAGUGAAAGAUGAAGAUGAUGAUGAAGAUGAAGUCUGUAUUGAAAAGGUCAGAACCCGAUAUGGUGAAACAGGGAGCACGCCCAUGUCAUGGUCUGAUAAUAUAUAUGUUGGGGCAAGUUUCUCUACAAAAGAGAAGCUGUUAUCAGAGGUUAGACUGACUGCCAUAAUGUUAAAAUUUGCUUUUAAAACACAGAAGUCUACCAAGAACCUGUUUGUGGCUAAAUGUCGAGUGGAAGGAUGUGCAUGGAUGGUUAGAGCGAGCGUGAAGAAUGAUGCAUCCACUUUUUGGGUGACAAAAUAUGUGAAAGACCACACAUGUUCAAUAGCCCAUCGAAUGGCUCACCGUGGGAAGUCUACUCCUAAGUAUAUUGGCCAGCUGUUUAUAAGCUAUUUCGGCAUAAUUGAUGGACUUACACCAGAACAUGUCAGGGUUUCAAUGAAGCAUAUGUUUGGCAUCAGGAUGGAUUACACUACCUCUUACAGAUCUUUGAUAUAUGCCCAACAAUUGGUCAGAGGAACAGCUGAAGAUGGAUAUGCGAGUCUCCCAGCUUACCUACAUUCAGUGAACAAAGCCAAUCCGGGAACUGUAUCAGCUCUUCAUGUAGAUUCGAAUAACAAAUUCAAAUAUCUAUUUCUCGCAUUUGGAGCAUCGAUUGCUGGUUUCCAGUACAUGAGAAGAGUUAUUGUGGUUGAUGGCUGUCAUCUAACAGGGAAAUACGAGGAUGGUUAUCCUUUGGUGAUAGUUUCUGACAGACAUAUUUCUAUUAAGAAAGCUUGUGAAACUAUUUUCCCAUGGGCAAAACGAGGGAUCUGCUACUACCAUCUACAACAUAACAUAGUAACAAAGUUUAGGGGGAAGCAGCUGUUGUACUUGGUUAAACGUGUGGCUUAUGCUUACAACCUCUAUGACUACAACCGGUACAUGGCGGAGCUGAGACAGAUCAAGCCUGACCUUGCUGACUAUUUGGAAGAAGCCGAUGUCUCUCUUUGGUCCCGAGUUCAUUUUGUUGGAGACAUAUACAAUAUUAAGACUAGCAAUGUCGCAGAAGAGGAUGCUUUGAGUCUCACAACACAUAAUACUCGGGGAGUGGAGUAUUUGCUGGCGAUUCGUGGACAUUAUGCAGAUGCAAUGGAGGUGGACCGAAUUGACACUUGGAGAUACUAUGUGAAAGGAGGAACCAGGAAUUGUAUUAUUGAUUUGGAACAUGGAAUGUGUGAAUGUGGUGUGUUUUAUAUCGAGAAGAUCCCAUGUUCACAUGCUAUUGCAGCUGCAUUAGCCGGUGGUGUAGCUGUGGAUUCCCUUGUAUGUCCGACUUACUAA